AGUUUAUACAUACUGCAGCUCUCUACUAUGCAGCCUUUUAUCCACAGGUCCAGUUUGCAAACACGCCCCCUCCCUCCUCUGCGCGCGCGGAGGCGCAGCCUCUUCGUUUUAACCCCGACUUCUCUCUCUGCGCACCCAUUGCAGUCAUUCUGCCGUCAGGGAACUUUUAACUCUUACCUCAGCUCAGCCGGUUUGUGCGUGUGAGUGCGUGCGCGUGUUUUCUGCCGUGAACUGUCCAGAUGGAGGACUACCACAAACCGGACCAGCAGACUCUGCAGGCGCUCAGGAACAUCGCCGCCCGACUGCGGAUCAACUCCAUCAGGGCUACAACUGCAGCGGGCAGCGGUCACCCGACAUCAUGCUGCAGUGUGGCAGAGAUCAUGUCUGUCCUCUUCUUUCACUCCAUGAAGUAUCGACCUGAAGAUCCGCGUAACCCUGACAACGACCGGUUCAUCCUCUCCAAGGGUCAUGCAGCUCCCAUACUCUACGCCGUGUGGGCAGAAACUGGCUACCUGAAGGAGAAUGAGCUUCUCAAUCUGCGCAAGGUGGACUCCAUCCUGGAGGGGCACCCUGUCCCGAAGCAGCAGUUUGUGGAUGUGGCCACUGGAUCUCUGGGUCAGGGGCUGGGAGUCGCCUGUGGAAUGGCUUACACUGGAAAAUACUUUGACAAGGCCAGCUAUCGAGUGUUCUGCCUGCUGGGGGAUGGAGAGCUGUCGGAGGGCUCGGUCUGGGAAGCCAUGGCAUUCGCUUCCUACUACCAGCUAGACAACCUGGUGGCCAUCUUUGACAUCAACCGUUUGGGUCAGAGCGACCCCACUCCACUGCAGCACCAUGUGGAGAAAUAUCAGCGACGGUGUGAAGCCUUCGGUUGGUACUCCAUCAUUGUGGAUGGCCACAGUGUGGAGGAGCUGUGCAAAGUCCUGAGCCAACCUCGCCACCAGCCCAUCGCCAUCAUCGCCAAGACUAUCAAAGGCAAAGGCAUCCCAGCGGCUGAGGAUAAGAUGAACUGGCAUGGAAAGCCUCUGCCUAAAGACAUGGCAGAGAUGGUGAUCAAAGAGUUGCAAGGUCGCAUCAUCAGCUGCAACAAGCGUCUCUAUCCUGCUGCUCCAAACAAAGACACCUCACCCGUUUGCCUCCGUAACAUCCGCAUGCCGAGUGCGCCCAGCUACAAACCAGGAGACAAGAUUGCUACGAGGAAGGCGUACGGCGUGGCUCUGGCCAAACUGGGGCGCUACAACGAGCAUGUGGUCGUGCUGGACGGCGACACAAAGAACUCCACCUUCUCUGAGCUUUUUAAAAAUGAGCACCCCAACCGCUAUGUGGAGUGCUACAUAGCAGAGCAGAACAUGGUGGGUGUGGCGACUGGCUGUGCAGUUCGAGACCGUAACGUGGUGUUCGCCAGCACCUUUGCAACCUUCUUUACUCGAGCGUACGACCAGCUCCGCAUGGCCGCCAUCUCUGAGAGCAACAUCAACCUGUGUGGCUCCCACUGCGGCGUCUCCAUCGGUGAGGAUGGUCCCUCUCAGAUGGGUAUGGAGGACCUCGCCAUGUUCAGAGCCAUUCCUGCAUCCACCAUCUUUUACCCGAGCGAUGCCGUCUCCACCGAGAAAGCUGUAGAGCUCGCAGCAAACACAAAGGGUUUAUGCUUCAUCCGAACGAGCCGCCCAGAGACCAACAUCAUCUACAACUGCAAUGAAGACUUCCACGUUGGACAAGCUAAGGUGGUCUAUAAAGCCAACGAGGAUCAUGCGACUGUGAUUGGAGCUGGAGUGACCCUACAUGAGGCUUUGAGUGCAGCUGAAAUACUCAAGAAAGAGAGGAUCAACAUCCGUGUGAUUGACCUGUUCACCAUCAAACCUCUGGAUACGAAGACCAUCAUUGAGAAUGGCAGGGCUACCAGGGGACGAAUCAUCACAGUGGAGGACCACUACUAUGAAGGUGGUUUGGGGGAGGCGGUGUGCUCUGCGGUGGUGAAUGAGCCGGGCUUCACCGUGCACCGCCUGGCGGUUUCCCAGAUGCCCCGGAGCGGCAAACCCCACGAGCUGCUUCACAUCUAUGGCAUUGACCGGGACGCCAUCGCCCAGGCGGUGCGAAAAGCUCUGAGCAGCUCUGCCAAUGCAAAGUAACAAGCGUGUGUCACUCACCAACCAUCACCAUGGAGACAAGAAACCAUCAAAAAAGGAUGGGCUAAAAUCUCCUGCUGAAAAUAAAAAAUUGGUUGAGAGAAAUGUUUUUUUUUAAUGUUCUAUGAGACACCUCCAUUCUUUAAGUUAAGCAAAAGCACCCCCCCCCUUCAUACACACACCUCCACAUCCUUCCUCAGAUGAGGCUCCAACUAUUUCAGUAAAAGACUGAUUUUUUUAAAGUAAUACUCAAAUAAAAGUAAAUAAGUACCACUUUGAUAUCCCAGUGUGUAAAAUCCAAACUUUUAAUCUUCUGAUUCCUCGGUGGGAGCAUCCUCACACAAAUAAAGAAACGAUUUCUUCACA